CUGCUGACCUGUUUUCGCGCGACGUGGAUUUCAAUCUUGACCUCUGUUACAUUCAUUUUUCACCCCCGCGCAGGUCGCUUUCUUGAGGGCGUGGAGAGCCGGGUGAAGACCUUAGAGGAUGUUCCAGCUCCGAACAGCGACUUAAAGCCCCAGGUGAUCCUUCUACCAUGUCGCACGCUCUUCUCUUGCGGCUCUUUCUGUCGCCCUACUUCUCCAUCUCGGUCGCGAUGCACUACCUCAAGACGUAUCCCGAGUCUAUAGGUAUUUCUCACUACCUAUGCUGGCGGAUGAAGAGCAUGCCCGGGGACGAGGUGGAUUUCUAUUGGCCUCAGAUAUGUCACCUCUUAUUGACCUACCCGUCCCCUUCGAAUGCUCUGGAGGCCUUCAUCAUCUCUCGGGCGGAGGAAAGCACCCAUUCAGCCAUGCUAACGUUCUGGUUCAUGCAAGCUGCGCUACGAGACCUUACCCCCACCCGCAACACCAAUCCUCGACCUUUCCUCAUCUGCCAACGUGUCCUGCACCGAUGUCACCAGAUCAUCUUUGGCGAUACGCCUGAACCCUCAAAAUCCCCCUAUCGCUCGCUUCCCCAGUCUCCCACGGCCUCUGUCACGGGUCUUAUACCGACCACGCCCAUCGAUGGAGACAAGGUCCACUCGCCCCCGACUAAAGUCAAACCCCACGUGCAGGCUGCAAUGGUCGGCAUGUCUGUCAUGUUGGCCGCGACGCCCGCGAUGCCAGCAUUGGCCGACCUCGCCGGACAAUGGGCAGUCAUUCAGGGACGGAGAGUGGUGGACGACCGCAAGGAGUCCCGCGACCGAGUUGAAUUGGAUAGGUCAGAGGGGGCAGACGGCGUUCCGAAACGAGACGUUUCAAGGCAGACUAGCGAGGACGACGUCCAAUCGGAGGACGAGUCGCGGCCAUCAAUGACAGUACAAUCGACUGCCCAUCUCUCUCCGCCUAUCGCCUCUCCCCCAUCGGUCUCCUCCCCCCAGUUCGUAGACAUUACCAACUCGCCGUCACUCUCCACGCCGCGCCAAAAGGGUGAGGAUCCCUUUGGGCAGGAGCCAGUGCCCACCACCGACUACAGCCCUUUUUACUCCGUUCCAGAGUUCUCCGCGCAAAAGGCUAACCCCGCCGUCCGACGCCUCCAACCCAAUCCUCCCACCGCUGAGCUCAUCCUCGCAUCGUAUUCCCAAGACGCCCAGCGUCAACUUUUACGGAGCCACUACUGUCGCAGUGAGAUCAGAUUCCUGCUGCUACUCGAGGAUAUCAGCAACAGACUGUUGGUGGUUCCCAAGCCGGCGCGAGUCAGUGCGCUUCGUGCCGAAUUGACAAGCCUGAACCAUAACCUCCCGGCAGAAAUCUGCAUGCCUUUGUGGUGCUCUGCCGAUCAUAGUCACGAGUCUGAAGCCAACAAACGUCGUGGCAGGGCCCACUCCCGAAUCGUCCGGAUCUCCCCCGGUGACAGCGUCGUGCUCAAUUCUGCGGAGCGGGCACCGUUCCUCUUGCAUGUUGAGAUUCUCGUCGGCGAUUUAGACUUUGACCCAAACAAACGUGACAAUCGCGAACUGCUCAAGAAAAUAGUGACUCAGGAGGAUGCCAAAAAGCGAAAGCAGGAGGGCUUGCAGGUCUUUGAAGGUUUUGGAUCGCCAAUGCCGGAUCUCCCCGCUACGCCGGUCAUCAAACAGUCUCCCGUCAGGCCUGCGACACCCGAGCCCGUCCCACGAGAACUAGAAGAGAUGGAUCUCGUUGAACAGCUCUACGGUGCUAAGCUGUCAGUCCGAGACACGCUGCCCGACUUAUCUGAGUCUGCACCACUUCGCAUCGCCCCGCGGAACAAGGCGCUCGAUGUCGCUGCGUGGGAUCGCGGCCUCGAGGCAGGCUCAUCCAGGCGGUCUUCCCUGACACCGAAUACACCACCCGGUCUCCCAGACUCUCCAAUCAUUUCCAAUGCCCUUCUCGAUACCCCGCCACCUUCCGCAAGCCCUGGAACUAGUUCGCCGAAGCGAUUUAUCAGUCUCGAGGAUUACUCCGAACGAAUGCGCACAGCCGCCGUCAUGCUUGCCCAGCUAAAUGCGUCACAGGCUCCGACUGUGCCAGAAGUUCAAGGAUCUACCAGCGGCAAGCUGUCCUGGAUCCCGGGAACCGGCUGGAUCCGUGGGACCACCCCGCAGCCAUCGCAUGGAGUGUCUGAGCCCCCGCCCACGGCCUCUGGUGGCAAGCUUCGCCUUGCAGCGGUGCAAGCAGCUGCAAUUCGGGAACGGAUAAUGGAGGAAAUGAUGGCUCUUGAGGAGGAACGGGUGGAACGAAUGACAGACAGGCCAGAGGGUGUGGAGUUUGCGACAUCUUCUGGCGGUCAGACUGCCGAGGACGAGGGGAUCGUGAGGAGAGAGCUGAACAAGGCAGACCCGUCGGCGGCCGUAUUCAAGGAAUCGUGGACGUCCAAACGGUCUCGAAUCCAAUCCUCUUCACCAUGGGGUCAUCUUGCCAAUUGGGAUAUGUUUUCUGUGAUUGUGAAAACUGGCACCGACCUGCGUCAAGAGCAGCUCGCCACACAGCUUAUUGAGCGGUUUUCCAAGAUCUUCAAAGAAGAAAAGUGCGACUGUUGGGUCAGAUACUUCCGAAUUUUAAUCACCGGAGAGACCUCUGGACUCGUCGAGACUAUCACCGAUGCUGUAUCUAUACACUCAAUCAAGAAGGGCGAGUAUGCCCGACGCAUCGCCGAGGGUGGCGCCAUUGGUCACGCCUCAUUGAUGGACCACUUUGUGAACACAUACGGGGACCGCGACACUGGCCGGUUUGCUCGUGCCCAGCGCAACUUUAUCAAGUCGCUUGCAGGCUAUUCUGUCGUCACGUUUCUCUUGCAAAUCAAGGACAGACACAACGGUAACAUUCUGCUCGACCGUGAUGGCCAUCUGAUCCACAUCGACUUUGGGUUCAUGCUGUCCAAUUCGCCGGGCGGCAACAUGGGCUUUGAAGCGGCGCCUUUCAAGCUCCCCAUGGAAUAUGUCGACAUCAUGGGUGGACUCGAUUCGCCGGGUUAUGCGUACUUCAAAAAGCUUUUCAAGGAAGGUUUUGAAGCGGCUCGAAAGCACUCGGAUAGUUUGAUCGCCAUCGUCGAGUUGAUGCAGAAAGACUCGAAACUGGACUGCUUUGCCCUAUUUGGCCCACAAACUACCGCCAUGUUCCGAGAUCGCUUCGCGCUCGGUCUCACCACUUCUGCUGUAGACGCGUAUCUCGAACGCUUGAUCGUCACCUCAACGGGCAGCAACUACACUAGACUUUACGAUACAUUCCAAUACUACUCACAAGGGGUACUUUAGUCGCAUCACAUCUGCAUGCA